AUGACCGACAUCAUGGCCGAACAGACCGAGGUCGCCCCUCAGGCCCCUCCUCAUCUGCCCCCGGCUCCUGCCGAUGACUACGCCUUCCCGGAGCUCCGACUGAAGCAGAAGAUGGACGACCCGGAGAAGACCCCUCUGCUGCUGGUGGCCUGCGGCUCCUUUUCUCCCAUCACUUAUCUUCAUCUGCGCAUGUUCGAGAUGGCGGCCGAUUACGUCAAGUUUAGCUCGGAAUUCGAAAUCGUCGGCGGAUACCUCUCUCCGGUGUCGGAUGCGUACCGCAAGGCCGGAUUGGCGAGCUCAGAACAUCGAGUAGCAAUGUGCCAGCUAGCCGUGGACCAGACCUCCGAUUGGUUAAUGGUUGAUACCUGGGAACCGAUGCAGAAGAAAUAUCAGCCCACUGCUGUGGUGCUGGACCACUUUGACCACGAGAUUAACACAGUGCGGCAAGGAGUGGAGGUUGGAAAUGGCUCUCGCAAGCCGGUGCGCAUUGCCCUGCUGGCCGGGGCGGAUUUGAUCCAUACCAUGUCUACCCCCGGCGUGUGGAGUCAAGAGGAUUUGGAUCACAUUCUCGGCAAAUACGGUUCUUUCAUCGUCGAGCGCAGCGGAACGGACAUCGACGAAGCCCUUGCAGCAUUGCAACCCUGGAAGAAGAACAUCUAUGUCAUCCAGCAACUCAUUCAGAAUGACGUCAGCAGCACCAAGAUCCGUCUUUUCUUGAAGCGUGAGAUGAGCGUUCGCUAUCUGAUCCCGGUGCCCGUUAUCCACUACAUCGAGAGAAACGGUCUCUAUGUCGAUGACGGCGCAACGGCAGGUUCCACAACCGACAAAGGCAAGGAACGACAGGAAUCAGGCUGA